UCUCACAGCUGUGCGGACGCAUUUAUCUGUCCCUGGAAAAUCGCUCUCGCUUUCCCGUUCACUCGCAUUUUCCGGACCUCGCAUCUCAACCAGGCGCCCUCCCCCGAGAAGUAAUCCGCCCGAGCACAGCCAUGUCCAGUACGGAGGCGCCGGACGCGCUGGUGGAGCAGGUCAUGGAAGUGACCGCCUGCACGGCGGAGGAGGCAAAACAUUAUUUGGGAGCCUGUGAAAACGAUGUGUCCGCUGCCGUGGCUCUGUUCUUCGAGCAGGCUGCCUCCACAUCCUCGUCGGCGGCGGGAGCAGCUGCAUCUGGAUCGCUGCCCCUGCUGGACGACGAGGAGGAGGUGCGGGCGCCCAUAGCUCCGGUGCGGGAGCAACUGAUCCUGCCCGAGGACGACAACUUCUUUGCGUCGGGCAGCAGCAGCCGUUUAUCGCGCGUCUCGCAGCGUGUGAAAGUCUAUCCCCUGAGGGACUUUGCCCGCGAGGGCGCUCUGAUGGAGGAGCAGCUCCAAGCCACCGGCGUCUAUGCCGAUCCCAAUGCCCAUCGAUUGCGACGCGGACGAGCCGCCCAGAUGGUGGUGGCCGGCCAGGCCAUGGCUCUGAAUAGUCGAUCCUCCACGAGCACCGCAACCAGCACAUCCCGCCUCGGUGACCUGUUCCGGCCACCCACAGACAUACUCUACUCGGGAUCCCUGACUGCCGCCCGGGAAUUUGCCACCAAGCGGCAGCGCUGGCUGCUCAUCAACGUGCAAGACGACAAUUUCCAGUCGCAGACCCUAAAUCGCGACGUCUGGUCGGACAAGGAGCUAAAGAAACUGAUACGCCGGCAGUUCACCUUCUGGCAGGUGGACAACGACACCUCGGAGGGCAGACGCUUUGUGGCCUUCUAUCACUGCGCCACGCUGCCCUACCUGUGCGUCAUUGAUCCGCGCACAGGCGAGGAAGUGUGGCGCAGUGUGGAGCCAAAGCUGGAGAAUAUCCUGCCCGAUUUGAGGCAGUUCCUGAAGGAGCAUCGCGACUUUAUCCAGGAGGAUGCACCCAGCACCUCCAAGCGAUCGGCCACUUGCAUCGAUGAUGACGAGGAGGAGGCGGAUCCGGAGGCCUCGUGCUCAUCCACAGCCAGUUCGAAGGGAACACCGAAGAAGAGGGCCAAGGUUUUAGAGCUGACCGAAGAGGAGCAGCUGGAGUUGGCGAUCAAAAAUUCCAUUAGCGAGAACGGAGGAGGCACGCAGAAAUCCGAGGAUAAUACCGAGGCAGCCAGCGAUAACGAGAGCCUGGAGGAGUUCGAUGACGAGGAGCUCAAGGGCGUGGCAGCCGCCUCCUAUGAGAAUCACCUGGGCGAGGCCAAGAGUGAGUUGACCGCGCUGAAGCUGCGCCUGCUGAAUGUCGCCGGUUCAGAUGAAAUGGUCCAGCUGCGCUGGCCCUCGGACACCAAGCUGCAGACUCUGCGGCUGUACAUCAGGCAAACGCACAAGCACAUCCCACAGGAGGGCUACAAGCUCAUUUGCGCCUUCCCGCGCAAAUCCCUCGAGGCGGAGCACAAUCAAUGCUCCCUGAAGGAACUCGGUCUGCAUCCGUCGGCCAAUCUGCAUCUCACACUGGACGACUAAACGUUUGUCCAGCUGGAAAAAGUUUUUCAUGUGUAUGUUUUAUUUAUUCACAAGUUUUGUCAUCCCAAAAACCCAAAACCAUUGUCCUCCCAAAAAGAAAACUCCAUAUGAAUACAAAUUCUGUCUUUAAAUUAAGUUUAAACAUAUUGAAUAAAAUCAACUAGCUACUGUCAAGGCUCUUAAAUAAUUUGUAUACCUAUUUGUGUG